AUGAAGUUCAGUUCCGUGUCCGCUGCUGCUAUUUUCGCGGUUCUUUCCGUCGUGCAGGCUGCGCCACUUAGUGCUCGCUCUUCGGCCUUGGCUCUGAACCUGGCCCCUCGCGCUGAGAUGCAGCCGCAGGACCCAAAGCUUCAAGUUCGCGACAGCUCCCGGACCAUAGGCGAGGAAUUCGAAGAAGAGGAGGAGUUAGCCAACGAGAAGGGCGAAGCGUUGGACCGAAAGCUUAAAGGCCGCGGCAGCUCCUCAAAUUCCUGUGGGGAUGAUGGCUCUGUAUCCGACCUUCCUAUCCAUAAUAAAAAGCAAGGAUAA